AUGUCGCCCCUCAAUCUCAGUCACGACCCCCGCUUUCGGCGGCGCGGGCGCCAGCCAACCGCCUGCACCGAGUGCAAUCGCCGCAAGCAGCGAUGCGAUGGUCACCAGCCAUGCCACCACUGCGCCAAACGCAACGUCAGCGAACUCUGCCGCUUCCCCGAUCAAAAGCCCAAGCCGCGCCCCCGCGGAUACAGCGACCACAGCGAGGGCUCGGUUACAGCGCGCAUGAGCAGCGGCUCGGGGUCGGACGACUCUGACAAUCCCUUCAAACGCAAAUCAAGCGAAUCCGACACGCGCUCCCCAAAACGACCCGCCUUCUUCGUUGAGAAGCUAGCCUCCGGCCUCAACUCGCCCGAAGACCGCUCCGGACCGCCACCUACCCGCCGCCCGUCUCUCCAAGACCUCGUACACCACUCCAUUCCAGUCUCGUCUGAGAGGCACAGCGCCCAAACCCCCACGCCCCCACCUUGGGACGGGCGUGGGCCCCGUCCGCAAUUCCGGGGUACACGGACGCCCGAAAGCUGGAGCAGCCAGCUCGACGAUGGCGUGUACAUGCAAGAAAAUGGCGCACUGGGAUACGGCAGCUUGGCUGUGGAAGGACACGGCGACGAGCCCGGACAUCAUCAGCUCCAGUUCUAUGGCACAUCACAUUUUGGUCCCCGCGCCGCGGCCGAGUUCUUCCAGGAGAUGAGCGGCGUCAGGAAGGAGCGCCUCAAUGUCAGCGACACGCACUACCGUCUACCAAGUCUGAGCGACCUCGACCUCGGUCCAUACAGCUUGGCGUCGCACAUCCGGGCGCUCGACAGCCGCCUACCUCCACGCUCACUGUGCGAGCGCUAUGUUGACAUAUUCUUCAGUCUCGCCAACUCAUGGAUGGAUAUUCUGUACGAGCCGGACUUUAGGGCCAAGUAUGGCACGUUCUGGGCCAUCAAGGGCGAGUUCGAGGACAUGACGCGCAUCGAUGUACGGUGGUUUGCCCUCUUUCAAAUUGUGUUGGCAUUUGGUGCCCUCCUAGACCGCCAGCCGAGCUCCUCAAGAGACCCCAUGGCGCUUAGUAAUCAGUUCUUCGUCGGUGCGCGCUGUGCGCUCUCAGAAGCACCCAGCUUUGGUGGCGAGUCCAUCGACACCGUCCGCGCCUACUCCCUCCUCUCUCACUAUCUCGUGAUGACCCGGCGGGUCCCCGAGGCAUGGAACAUGCUCGGCAGCGCCGUUCGCGCAUCCGAGGCGCAGGGAUUCCACAUUGACGGCGAGAAGUGGAAGGACUUGCCUCCUCAAGAGGCGGAGCUACGCCGGCGGCUCUGGGCGCAGAUGUAUUGUCUCGACAGGUCUAUCUCGUAUUUCCUUGGGCGGCCAUUGGCGAUCCACGACGACAAGUUCUCAGUCGUGCCGCCAGCCAACAUCCCAGAUAGCGAGCUGCCGGUUCUCCCACGCCCAAAUUGGCCACUCACAACGCCCACCAAGUCUACCUUCCUUAUCCUCCACUACCGUCUGGCGCAAAUCAUUGGACGGAUUCUGACCACUUGCUUUGGCCUCUCACCCCGCAAGCACGCAGAUGUCAUGGCCUGCGAGCACCUCAUGGUUGAAUGGAUACACAAUCUCCCGCCCAUGUUCCAUAUCACCGACCCAGACCUCAGAUGGGACGAGCAGUACACAUGGCUGCGAUUACAGCGCCAAACACUCAUCUCCAAGUUUCACCAAGCACGCAUCGCUCUCCAUCGCCCGUACCUCUUACAUGACGGGUAUACUGAGAGCCGGAUCGCGUGUGUUGUAUCGGCUGGAGCGGAGCUUCGCAACCGCCUCCACCUCCUAGAGGAGGAUGCUGAAGCGCUCGACCGCUUCAAGUGGAUGACUGUAGCAUCUGGCUUUGCUCCAGCGUGCAUCCUCGGUCUUCUCUUGGCGCGGAACAAGCGCGAGGACAAAGUUUACGACUACGACGAGAUCCGCGCCCUCUUUAUCGCCUACAUUGCGGCUGAGCGUCGGGCGGCACGCGACCACAGCUCCGAUUGCGAGAUGCAGGUGCUCGACAUGAUGCUGAGCAAGGCCGACGCGAUGCGGGGCACGCAUCCGCACCCAUCGCCGGUACAGCAGCUCGUUCUUCCACCAGCGCUUGAGCCUACCCGGAUAGAUGUGUCACCUAUACCGCCAAUAACCAGCGGCGGCGCCAUCACCUUGGCUCCGCCUGCCGAGGAGUGGCUGCCUGCCGGGCGCCCGUGGGAGCCUCGCCCGCCCUAUGACCCCAGCGCGGCAGCCUUCCCCGCCGCCGACGACAUGCAGAGCUGGAACACAUUGCUCAACUUUAUCGGGACGCCGGCGGAGGCUCAGCCGUGGUAUGAGGCUGACGCGGUGGUAAUUGAGGAGGAGCCGCGAUGACUGGAGCGCGGAGGUUGUGAGGCGAGCAGAGAGGUGAGCGGCGCUCUGUCGCCUGCUAGAGCUUAUUGUCUGGGAAUAGAUGGAUGGGUGGCCAGGUUGGGGUAAUCUACACCGAGGGGGUGAGGCGAGGCGUGCUCGGUACGGCGGAGCAUAAGAGCUGAGCUGUCAUGUCUUAGCGCGUGUAUCAUCAAGCUGUGCAGCUGUAUUUCUUUGUAUGCAAAGCCGUAAC